AUGUCUCCUUACCAACUUGUAUUUGGGAAGCCUUGUCACUUGCCUGUAGAGCUAGAACAUAAAUCUAUGUGGGCACUCAAGAAAUUGAAUCUAGAUUGGGGUGUUGUGUCAAAUCAGAGGUUGAAUGAGUUGAAUGGACUUGAUGAGUUUCACUUAAAAGCAUAUGAAAUUCCAGCCUUGUAUAAAGAAAAGAUGAAGAAGUACCAUGAUCAAAAGAUCAAAAAGCGUGAAUCUGCUCCCGAUGAUUUGGUCUUUCUAUUCAAUUCAAGGUUGCGCUUGUUUCCUAGCAAACUCAAAUCAAAGUGGAUCGGACUAUUUAGAGUGGUGCAAGUAUUUUCACACGGAGUGGUUGAACUUGAAAAUGAGGAAGGAAAAAGGUUUAAGGUGAAUGGCCAGAGGAUAAAAAUCUACUUGGGGCAACCGGAGGAAGUCAAAGAGGUGAUUGAAGAAUGGAAUCUUGAUGAAGUCUAA